CCAAGCUCGUCAAUUUGACAUUUCCAUUUGAGUACCAUCAUAGUCGUCUCAAUUCCCUCUUGCUCAUCCCUCUUACUCCUGGAGAGCAUUGAUAACUUCCUUGGCCGCGCGCUGCCCUGAAGUUAUAACACCCUCAAGAUAUCCCUUCCACUCAUAAGCUAACUCUGUGCUAGCUAGUAAGUCCGUUCAUCGGGGGAGCUCUAGGUCUUACUGUUGGGCUUUAUAGUUUCCUUUCGCUCACCAACAAUGUCACGCCUUAUGGCGCUGUAAAAGACCGCUAACUGCCAGGGGAAGAUAUCAUCAUCUCAACAGCAGCUGCAGAAUUACCUUCCACUUCUGCAUCGUUUUUGUUCGGCUGUGAUGGAAUAUACAGCCUUGUUACCGAAGUGAGCCUACUUGCAUCGCAACGGCUAGACCAAGAGCUUUCCGGCAUGACAUGUCUGUCUCCUAAGAUCAGGAAGAUAUACGAUAAAUUGCUCGGCCGAAUCAAAUCUUGGCAAAUGCAAUCCUUUCGAGUUGAAUUGGAGUCGGAUAUGGAGAUGCUAGAGCACACACGUCUGGCCGGUGAGGCAUUCCGGGAAGGACUAUACAUCGACCUCGCGACUGCUAUAGCAGGUACGACGGUCGCGGACACUGCUGUGAUACUCGCGAUACAGCACCAUGUCGGUACGCUAUUCAGCUACGGUCCACAGCUACUGGGUUCACCAUGCAUCACGACUAUUCUGUGGCCUUUUAUCAUUGCUGGUACUUGUAUAGUAAAACAGGACCAGCAAGAAACGUUUCUCGAUGUCCUUCGAUCCAGUCAAUUUAGCAUGAGACAUUUGUUUGUCCUCGGCGACAUGAUGCGGCUUCUUUGGGCUGAUGCAGACCCACGCAUGUACGGGCCAUAUGGACUACAUCUAAUCAUAGAGAAGUACAAGCUUAAUCCAGGAUUUGCUUAGUGCCAGAGGAUUUGUGCAGAGUUGUUGUGAUAACCUGACUUUGGUAUGUUCAUUAAGUCGCCUCUUAUAAGACUCAAUCAACAUGUCCGCAAC